UUAUUAAUGAGUAUUCAUUCAAACUGGGGGUCUGAGAAAAUAUAACUUAUAAAAGAUGUUAUUAAAAAUAAAAAUGUUCUCCCACCCUAUGUAUAAGGAAAAAUAUUGAAAUAAUUAAAUUUCUAAGUAAAAGCACUUGAAAAUAGACGAAAAGAAUCGAUUUCUCCAAAAAGGAAAAAUCAAAAUUUUAAACCUCUUGCUUUAAUAAAAUAGGAUUCAAAAUUUGAUAGAAGCUAUAGCAUAGGAAAUCAUAUGGAAUAAGAAUGUUUUAAAUGCAAAUAAUUCAUAUUUGAACAUAGUGCCACAUUGCAAUGUAGUAAAUGGAAGCAUCUUCUACAUGAGAGAUGUAUUCUUCAACAUUUUAAAGAAUUAUUUAUUGAUAAUUAGCUUAAUUUUAGAUGUGUUUGUGGAAGGAAACUAAAUCCUUAAUCAAUGAAAGCAAUCAAUAUUUAAGGAGUUGAAGGACUGAUAAAUUUAAUAUACUUAGAACAGUUAAAAAAACUUGUAAAAUAAAUCUCUAUUGAAAAAUGUAGAAAUCCUUAAUGUAAUUUUUUUUGGAUUAAUGAUCAUAAAUUGUAACAGUAGAAAUAUAAUGGGAAGCUAUUAAAAAUAAUAUCCAAAAAAUAUUGUCCUUGUUGUUGA